AAACUUUUACUUCACGUGUUUUCAUCAUCAUCAAAGGUUGUGUGAUUUCAAUUUUGUGAACUAUUUCCAUCAAAUAAAGCCCCAAAAAUGGUUGCAAAACGCAAAAAGAAGUAUUCCGUUGGAGAAGGUGCACAAUUCAUGACCAGAAAAGCGGCCCUAAAAAAGCUCCAGCUGUCCCUAAACGACUUCAGGCGCUUAUGUAUACUGAAAGGAAUAUACCCUAGAGAGCCUAGGAACCGUAAGCGUGCCCAAAAAGGGCACACAGGCAUUAAAACCUUAUACCAUGUCAAAGACAUUCAGUUUUUAAUGCACGAGCCCCUCAUACACAAUCUAAGAGAUACUAAAGUGUUUAAUAAGAAAGUGGCACGGGCUAAGGCUGUCAAAGACAAAACAAAGUUGCACCAAUAUUUGGAAAAUCAUCCCACUAUGCCUCUGGACAAUAUUGUCAAAGAACGAUAUCCCACAUUUAUAGACGCUCUUAAGGAUUUAGAUGAUUGUUUGACUUUGUGCUUUUUGUUUAGUACAUUUCCUUCAUUAGCCCAUGUGCCUAGAGACCAAUCAGCCCUUUGCAGAAGAUUAACAAUGGAAUUUUUGCACUGCAUUAUUGAAACAAAAGCCUUAAGAAAAGUAUUUGUAUCUAUUAAAGGUUAUUAUUAUCAAGCUGAAAUCAAAGGGGAAACAAUCACUUGGAUAGUGCCUCAUCAAUUUGCGUUUGAGCCCCAACACAAGGCAGAAGUUGACUUUAAAAUAAUGUCUACAUUUGUGGAAUUUUAUACAUUUUUAUUGGGUUUUGUCAACUAUAAAUUGUAUCACGAUUUCAACUUGUUUUAUCCGCCUAAAUUUAAUAAUAUGGUACAAAACCAAAAUGAUCAGGCCUUGGUAGAUGAAGCAGCUUUUUUGUCUGAAAGAGUUUUAGCCUUGAAUUUCCCUAUAUCAAAAUCUAAUGAUGUUUUUGAAGAGGAUGUCAAUAUUGAUGAUUUUGUUAGUGAAGGCGAUAGCGAAGAGAAAAUUGCAGAAGCUAAAAAAGAAGCAGAGAGAAUUAGGAAAUUAAAAACACUUUUUAAGGGGUUAAAGUUUUUUUUGAACCGUGAAGUUCCUAGGGAACCUUUGGUGUUUGCUAUUAGAUGUUUUGGUGGAGAAGUUUCUUGGGAUAAAACACUUUUUGUUGGUUCAACUUUUGAUGAAAAUGAUGAAUCAAUCACUCAUCAAAUUGUAGACAGGCCCUCAAUGCCCAAUCAAUUUAUUUCACGUUACUAUAUUCAACCUCAAUGGAUUUUUGACAGUAUAAAUGCUAGAGAUUUACUGCCUGUGAAUAAAUAUUUUAUGGGCGAAAUUUUGCCACCGCAUUUAUCACCAUUCAAUGAUCCUGAAAGGGAUCAGCAAUACAUUCCUCCAGAAGAAAGGGCUUUGUAUGAUCCUACUUUGUUGGAGCAGCAACAUAAAAAAGAUCAAGAAGCUAUUAAUAAGGGUGAUGAUGAAGUUGAAGAAGAUGAGGCAAAAGAAGUUGAUGAAGAUGCUAAAGAAGUUACAACAAAGUCAAAAUUGUCAGUUACUAAAGGAGAAGUUUACAAAGAAGUCCCAUGGGAGAAGAGCAGGCAAGAGAAACAAGAAUACCGUUUGAGGGAAAAAAUGGUCAAGAAAAAACACAAGAAAUUGUACAAGAGCAUGAUGGAGGGUAAAGAGAAACGAGCUAAAGAAAUUUGGUUGUUGAGAAAGAAGAGGCGUUUACAUGAUGAAAAACAAGCGGGUGAAAAAACUAUAAAGGAAGGCAAAUCAGUACAGAAAAAAAAAUAUUAAAAGUAGUAAUAAAUAAUCAAUAAUCUUGUAUUUUGUUUAUCAAAUAAAAAUGUUUUGUAAAU